AUGAACAUUGUAACUUCUUUUAAAGUAGAGGAAACCCAGAAUAAAGAGCUGGAAUUCAUUAAGGUUCAAGCCACCGAUGCAGACCAGGGAGAAAAUGGACGGGUUCUAUACCGGAUCCUCACUGGGAACACCAACAACCUGUUCAGCAUCGACAGGCAGACCGGGCUGCUGACCAGAGGGAACAGGUCUUUGGAUCGAGAGACCAGCAGCUCCCACGUGUUGGAGGUGGAAGCCUACAACAGUGAUGAAGGCAGCCUGCGGAGCUCAGUGAGGGUGAUCAUUUAUGUCGAAGAUGCCAACGAUGAGGUGCCGGUUUUCACCCAGCAACAGUACAACCGCUUAGGCCUGAGGGAGACUGCAGGAAUUGGCACCUCUGUGAUUGUAGUGCGAGCCACGGACCCCGACACUGGUGAUGGUGGAUCUGUUGCCUACUCCAUUGUUUCCGGCUCAGACCGCAAAUUCCAAGUGGACGUCAGCACCGGUUUAGUCACCACUGUGGACUACUUAGACUUCGAGACCAAGACCUCCUACCUGAUGAACGUGUCGGCCACUGACCAGGCGUCGCCAUUCCACCGGGGCUUCUGCACCGUCUACGUCACCCUACUGAACGAGCUGGAUGAAGCCGUGGCCUUCUUCUCUGCGGGCUACGAGGCGUCUCUCAGGGAGAACAUCGCCACGGGGACGGAAGUGGUUCAGGUUCAGGCGCAGUCAGCCGACAACUUGAACCAGCUGACUUAUCGAUUUGAUCCCGAUACAUCGCCAGCAGCUUUGGCCCUCUUCAAGAUAGACAGCGUGACGGGCCGUAUCACAGUAACAGGCCUGCUGGACAGAGAGAGGGGGGAUUCUUACACGCUGACUGUUGUAGCUGACGAUGGAGGACCGAAGAAGGACUCCACUGUGAAGGUUUCCAUUACCAUUCUGGAUGAAAAUGACAACAGGCCGGAGUUUGAUAUUACAUCAGAUACGUCUGUGAGCAUCCCAGAAAACACGGCCUUCGGGAAAAAAGUGGCGGUGGUGCUGGCGAGGGACAGCGAUGCCGGAUUAAAUGGACUGGUCAAUUUCACCCUGGUUGCCGGAAACAUGGAGGAUGUGUUCAUGAUCAAAACAGUGAACUACAGCUACGGAGAGGUCUACGUAAACGCUCCUCUGGACAGGGAGUCAGUGGAUCGCUACUUAUUGAAGAUCCGUGCCACUGACAAUGGCACACCUUCCAGACAUUCAGACCACUCUCUCACCAUCAACAUCCUGGAUGUCAACGAUAAUCCACCCAUUAUCGAGAGUCAGAGAGGCUACAACGUCAGCGUCAACGAGAACGUUGGAGGAGGUACCUCAGUCCUGAAGGUCAUUGCUACCGAUAGGGACAUUGGUCCCAAUGCCAUGCUGUUUUAUUACAUCACUGCUGGAAACCAGGACUUGACUUUCCGCAUGGACCGCAUGACUGGAGAGAUGGUGACCCGGCCAGCCCCUCCUGACAGAGAGCGACAGCAGGAAUACCACCUCAUCGUCACCGUGGAGGAUGACGGCACCCCCCCUCUGUCGACCUCGACCACCAUCUACGUGCGAAUUGUUGACGAGAACGACAACGCCCCAGAGUUUCCUGAGGAGGAGUACGUCACAGUGCUGAGCGAAGGACCUGACACCGUGGGGGCCACCAUCGCCACGGUAACAGCCAUUGACCCUGACGAAGGUCUUAACGGGACCCUGAGGUAUGCAAUCGCCCAGGGCAACGUGAUCCAGACGUUCAACAUCAACAGCGUCACGGGCAGAAUAACUGCUGUGAAGGAGCUGGACUAUGAAAUCAGCAGUGGGCAUUAUGCAUUGGUUGUCACGGCUACUGACCAGUGUCCAAAUCCUGCUCUGCGCCUGACAUCCAGCACAACGGUGUCGGUAAAAGUCUUAGACAUAAACGACGUGACGCCAACCUUCCCCAGAAGUUACGAGGGUCCCUUUGAGGUGACGGAGGGCCAGCCGGGCCCACGGGUGUGGACCCUCAGAGCAAGAGAUGAAGACUCUGGUCUUAAUGGCAAAGUGGAGUACAGCAUCAGUGGUGGAGAUAACCAGAAUGAGUUCAUGAUUUCCCCUGUGGAGGGUGAGCUUCGGGUGAGGAGGGACGUGGAGCUGGACAGAGAGACCACAGCUUUCUACAACAUCACUGUAACUGCACGGGACCUGGGAACGCCGCCGCGCAACAGCUCGGUAGUGGUGGGCGUCUACGUUCUCGACAUCAACGAUAACGACCCAGUCAUACUUAAUUUGCCUCACAACACCAGUGUGAGCGAAGGUGCUUCAAUCCACACCUCCGUGGCCAGAGUACGAGCCCAGGAUGCCGACAGUGGACUCAACGCUCUCCUCACCUACAACAUCACAGCUGGAAACCUGGGCGGAGCCUUCUACAUCAACGACACGACCGGAGUCGUUCAGGUGAACAGGCCGCUGGACAGAGAGCGGGUGGCGGAGUACAUACUAACCAUCACUGUUCGGGAUAACCCAGAGAACCCGCGCAUCGCUCGCAGGGUAACUCCACUUUCUUAUCCACUCUCAAACUCUUUCCUCCACUUGUUAGCUGGGGCGAGACUAACCAUUAACGUCCUGGACGUUAACGACAACGCUCCUCGUUUCCGGCCCUUCGGAGUCACCAACUUCACCGAGAGGAUUUUAGAAGGAGCUCAGCCGGGCACAACGUUGCUGUCAGUGUCGGCUGUAGACCCUGAUAAGGGUCCCAAUGGUCAGGUCAUUUAUCAGCUCCUCCACGUCCCGAGAGGCGGAUAUGUGAGGCUGGAAGACUCUUCUACUGGUAAAAUCGUGGCCAAUCAGACGGUGGAUUUUGAGCAAGUGCAGUGGCUGAAUUUCACCAUACGGGCUCAGGAUCACGGGACGCCUCCAAGGAGCGCCGAGCUUCCAGUUUAUUUGAGGAUAGUGGACGUCAACGACAACAACCCAGUUUUUCUACAACCCUCCUAUCAGGGAGAAAUCUACAUCCUGUCCCCUCUGGACAGGGAGACCAAGGACCACUACACUUUAACUGCUGUUGCACGAGACAACCCUGGAGGGAGCCCCAACAACAGGAGAGAGAACUCUGUUCAGGUUCUGGUGACGGUUCUGGAUGUCAACGACUUCCGACCCCGCUUCACGAAGCAAGUGUACAACACCAGCGUGUUUGAGAAUGAGCCCAGCGGCACAUCAGUGAUCACGAUCACAGCGGUGGAUCUGGACGAAGGACAGAACGCUGCGUUGAUCUAUAGCCUACUUGGAGCACAUUUAGACGCCUUCUCCCUGGAUCCAAUCACCGGAUUGGUGCGUUCCCGCCGCCUGCUUCAAUCUUCAGAACGUUUCAACUUUACCGUUGUAGCUACAGACCAGGGACGCCCCCCUUUAUGGGGCACCGCAGACCUGAUCAUCACUGUCAUAGACGUCAACGACAACAGACCAGUGUUUCGCAGACCAGCUAAUGGAACCAUCAUUCAUAUCUCUGAGGAGCAACCUCCAGGCCUGCCCGUAUAUGAGGUCCAUGCAACCGACUCUGACGAGGGCGUGAACGGAGAGGUCCGCUACGCCUUCCUGCAGACAGGAGCUGGGAACAGAGACUGGGAGAGUUUUCACAUCGACCCCACGUCCGGAGUCAUCACCACCACAGUGAAACUGGACCGAGAGAAACAAGCCCUGCUUAGCCUUAUCAUCGUGGCCCGGGACAUGGGUCAACCAGUGCCUUAUGAGACCACGCAGCCACUGCAGGUGGCGCUGUUGGAUAUUGACGACAACGAACCGGUCUUCCUGAAGCCACCGCGGGGCAGCCUGCCCUACCAGAAGCUGACCGUUCCAGAGCACUCCCCCCCUGGUACUGUGGUGGGCAACAUAACCAGAGCUGUGGAUGCAGACGAGGGCUCCAAUGCCAUUGUCUAUUACUUCAUUGCCGGAGGAAACAGCGACGGAAACUUUGGCCUGAGUCUCGAUGGAGUGCUGAAGGUUUUCAAGGACCUGGAUAGGGAGGAGAUCCCAGCCUACCUCAUCAUCAUCAAGGCCUCCAGCAACAGGAGCUGGACUCCACCCAAGGGUCAAAGGUCAUUACGAGCCAAAGCACUGGACCCCAAUCUUGACCCGAGCCUUCUGGAAGUCCGAAUAGAAUUGGAUGACAUUAACGACCAGACGCCACGUUUUUCUAAGACAGAAUACACCGCCGGUGUUGCUGCGAAUGCUAAAGUCGGCUCAGACCUCAUCAAAGUGGUGGCUGUAGACAACGACAUUGGAAACAACAGUGUGGUCCAGUACCACAUCGUUACUAUCCGCUACUUCCAGACCCAGAGCAACGGCAGCGAAGACGUGGGCAACAUCUUCACCAUUGGUUUGACGGAUGGAAUGAUUCGGACUUAUGACCUCUUCACGGCUUACGACCCAGGCUACUUUCAGCUAGAGAUUUUAGCUUGUGACCUAGCAGGUCACAGCGCCACCACCAACGUGAACAUCUACAUCCUCCGAGACGACCAGAGGGUCAAGAUAGUCUUCAACGAGAUUCCUGACUGGGUUCGGGAAAACCAGGACGAUUUCAUCAGCCUGCUGUCCAACAUCACAGGAGCCAUCGUAAACCUGGAUGACAUACAGUUUCAUGUGGACAAGAAAGGCAGAGUGAGCUACGCUCAGACCGACAUGCUCAUCCAUGUCGUCAACAACCAGACCAACACCAUCCUGGAUGUGGAAAGAGUCAUCCAAAUGAUCGAUGAGAACAAGGAGCAACUGAGGAGCUUGUUUCGGACGUACAACGUAGUGGACGUCCAGCCUGCUGUUGGUGACAAACUGCCCGACGACAUCUCCACUCUGCAGGUCUGCAAAAAGCUCAGACUUUCUGAGCUCAAAUACUGUGGAAGUUAUUUCCUACUGUUGCCUUUUUUUUUCUUUCUCUUUCCCUUUUCACAGCUGGUGAUCAUUAUCCUGGCCGUGCUGCUGUGCUUGGCAGGGAUUUUGUUUGUAACAAUGAACUGGCAUUAUCGCAGAGUACACCAGAGGAAGCUUAAAGCUAUUGUUGCGGGAUCAACAGGAAACCAAGGUCUAAUGGAUAUCCUGGACAUGCCAAACACUAACAAGUACUCGUUCGAUGGAGCCAACCCAGUGUGGAUGGACCCAUUCUGUCGCAACCUGGAGCUAGCUGCACAGGCUGAUCACGAGGACGACCUGCCUGAGAACCUGAGUGAAAUCACUGACCUGUGGAACAGCCCGGCACGCACUCAUGGCACCUUUGGUCGUGAGCCUCAAGCAAGGCCAGACGACGAUCGCUACCUGAGAGCGGCCAUACAGGAGUACGACAACAUUGCUAAACUGGGUCAGAUUAUGAGGGAAGGUCCCAUUAAGGGAUCUCUGCUGAAUGUGGUUCUGGAUGACUACCUGAGGCUGAAAAAGCUCUUUGCAGCGCGGCUGGUCACCGCAUCCACCGGCCAAGGAGGAGAUGAGUCAUCGGUUACGGAGCUAAUCCAGAGCGAUCUGGACGACGACGAGGACGAUCACCUGGGUUUGGGUGGCGGACACGGCAAUCUGCGCUUCAAGCACAAGCUCCCCGUGGAGCUGAAGGGACCUGAUGGAGUGCACGUGGUCCACGGCAGCACAGGCACCCUCCUGACCUCAGACCUCAACAGCCUGCCGGAGGACGACCAGCGGGCUCUGGCCCGUUCCCUGGAGGCGCUGAACGCCGACAACGGUUUAUACUCGGAGAGAAACGCCCGCACGGAGUCCGCUAAAUCCACCCCGAUGCACCGUCACAAGGAUGGGGACACCCUGUCGGAGAGUCCCCUGGAGAUCACAGAGUUAUGACUAGCCGAGGCCUCGCUGGUUUGAGGGCAACCAUGGCUGGUGUGUGUCCUUCUGCCUCUGCACAACCAUCCAAGGGGGGGCAGGAGGAGUGUUUGUAGUCUAGGAAGAACAUCGUCAGCAAAACAUCCUGGAAGAUGAGCUGGUUUGAAUGGGUCGGAUGUCAACAAAGUCCCACUGGAGCUUUAAUCCACCUGCAGGAGGAAAAAGGUCUACCUGAGAUUCCUGACUGAAUAAGAUGGACCAGACCGCUUUGCUUGGAACAUUUUGCUCCAAUUAUGACCUUAAAAUGAUCUAAAAGGUGCCUCAUUCUCACCAAUCCUUUUUUUAAACCUUCGUCUGGACUGAAGACACUCUCACACACACACACACACUCGGACCAGCAGAUGGCCGCUAAAGGGAACCAGAGAGAGAGUGAAUAAUCAGGCAGAUUUUAGGGUCUUGUUUUGGCAACACGAUGCAGUCGGUGUACCAUGGGUGUGGACGGAAACAGCAACGCUUCCAGCUUAAUGGCUUGGAAAGGAUUCAGGAACAUUUCAUUCUAAUGUUGAACUUUUAUUUUCUUUUUUUUUUAGAAGGAUCACAGACUGCAAAGGGUAAAAAGCUCCUGAUGAGAAGCAAAUAGUUGAACUUUCUCUGGAAGGGGGAUUAUAGCCAGAACAGAAAUAAAAAGAUCCUCCCUACAGUGGCUGAGUGAGAAAAA